UUUUAGUCAAUGUACUUGAAAGUCAAAACCCUAUACUAAGCCCAAAGUUCAUCUCUUGCAGAAAAAUCAAAACGUUCAAAUGUCCGCCGCCAGAUCAUUCCUCCGCUCCGGUGCCGGCCGAGCCGCCGCUGCAGCAUUUCGUUCGCCGAAACCUAUGCGGUCUUCGUACAAGGCGCCCAAACAGAGCCCACUCUCUCACCGUGUUUUCAGAUCUCCGGUGGCAUUGAGCUGCUGCGUGGAGACGAUGCUUCCGUACCACACGGCCACUGCUUCCGCCUUGCUCAAUUCCAUGCUCUCUGUUUCUUCACGUCGCUGCUCCGUUUGGACUCUUGGAGGAGAAGAUGAUAACUGAAGCACAAUCAACAAGAGUGAUAUAUCAUUGAUGAUGCAUGAUGAUUUUCAAACGGAGAUUGCGGGAAUGGAUGCAUGUGAAGUGAUGUUUUUUUUUUCCAUUGUAAAGAAUCUUCAGUGACAGUAAAUUGGAUCAUGUUUCUUCUUAGGUCAUAAGAUCUGCCUUUUAACCUUCAAAAGUGUCCAAUACAUUUGUCAAGGACCCGACCAGUUCAGUUCUGGAUAUAAGUAAAGAAAAAAAAACAGACAGCUUAACCAAAGCUACAGAAGACCACUUAGACCUGAUUCAUUCUUCUUUUGUAGUUCGUAAUUGGGUUUUUGUAUUUGACUAUUGGCAAGAGAAUAUUGUCGGCACCAAGCUCUUUCCCAAAUUCUUAUUCAUUA